CGGGCCAUGUACGACUCCGGCCGAGUUUUGUUCGGCAAGUCCAGCCUGUUUAAGGAUCCAUUCACUGGCGUCCCCCUCAGCAAGAACGCGAGGCCCGAUCUCGACGUCGCGCUCUUUGUGGAUGAGGGAAGGUGCAUAGGCUGCCACCAGUGCAAGCACGCGGCUCCACACACAUUCAAAAUGGAGCCCCACUUCAACGUCGCGAGGGUGGAGACGCAGUGGGCGGACAGCGAGGAGGACCUCGAGACCGCCGUGGCGUGCUGCCCCAAGGACUGCAUCCACACCGUGCCCAAGGCUGACCUGGCACUCCUAGAGUGGAUCCACAGAAGCCAGCCGCGGCAGAGGAUCGUGACGUGCUCUGUCGAGUCCAUGAGCGGGAAAGGCCGCGGCUUGGAGGAAUCACCUUUCGUCGCGAUGGAACGGUUCGAGCGCAGGCGGACGGAGAUGAUGAGGGACGCGGAGGAGGCGGCCAAGCGAGCCAAGAAGAGAGAGGAGGCGGAGGCGGCGAUGGAGAUGGUCAGCAACGUCGUCGGGAUCGGGUCGUGGGCUGGGUUCUUCAGUCGCCAACGCGCCGACGAACCAGCGGAGAAAACGCGCGCGCCAUCGUGCCCCUUGCCCGCCGUGUACGUCAACGCGUCCCUGCUCCUUCCGCAGUUCUCGUCCAUGAUCUCCGAGCCCGCGAUUGACGAGUGAACCAGGGCGCUUAAUCAGUCUACUCGUUUCACGAAUAAAGAACAAAGACUUGUCUAC